UUCGAUCUAUUGGGACUACUAUGGAAGGUCACGGGUCGCAAGAAUCCCAAGUUUGACAUCGGAACCAUCGAUCUUUCUUGCUCAUUUGUCGUUUGCGACGUCACUCUGGAGGAUUGCCCCAUCGUCUACGCUUCGGCAAUGUUCCAGAACUUGACGGGAUAUUCACGGAGAGAAGUUGUUGGCAAGAAUUGUAGGUUCCUACAGGCCCCAGAUGGGUUCGUUCAGGCGGGUCAGCAGCGACAUUAUGUGGAUAACGAAGCGGUGUUGAGGUUGAAGAAGGGUCUUGAAGCGAAAGACGAAGUUCAACAAAGUCUGAUCAACUAUCGGAAAGGAGGCAAACCAUUUCUGAACCUGCUGACGCUCAUUCCUGUUCCUUGGGAUGGGGAAGAGAUUCGAUUCUGUGUUGGGUUCCAGAUUGACCUAGUCGAACAACCUGGCGCCAUUAUCCAGGAGAAGGGGCAGAGUGUAAGACUU